AUGGGGGAUUUCAACUCCGUCGUUACAAAGGAGGAAACGACCAAUUACAGUUCUUUCUCUACGCAAAGGAGUUUGGAUUUUGUGAGCUGGAUCCACGAUGAGGGGUUUAUUGAUCUUGGCUUUUCGAGGCCCAAGUUAACUUGGGUAAUGGAUGGGUCAAAAGAUGCUAUCAAAGGGGCACGCCUUGAUCGGGCCCUUUGUAAUUCGGUUUCCAGAUGCGAUGAUGGAACACCUGCCUCCAUUUGCCUCAAAUCAUGCUCGCUUCUGUUACGGCUUCACGGGGGGAAGAAAAAUACUACUACUCACCACUUCCGGUUCCAGGCUGCAUGGCUCACUCACGAAGAUUUGCAAAAAAUGGUUUUUGGGAAUAUUCACAAACGCAAAAGAGUCCUUAUGUCCAGGCUUGGCGGCAUUCAAUGGAUUCUAGCCAAUAAUUUCCAUAGCGGUUUGGUUAAACUUGAAAAGAGGCUGCAAGUUGAAAUGGAAGAUAUCAUUUAUCAGGAAGAACUGAUGUGGUUUCAGAGAUCUAGAGAAGACUGGAUCACGUCGGGAGAUAGAAAUACUGCCUUCUACCAUGCUGCUACUACUAUCCGGAAUUCACGCAAUAAGGUCACGAGACUUUUAGAUGAUAGUGGAACCUAG